AUGGCAGAGGAGCUCAAACUCACUGUCACUGCUGAAGAGUUUCUGCAAGAACCUGGUGUUCAGCCCCACCUGUGGAUGUGGGUAAACCCCAGCCUGGUCUGCCCUAUCCCCGGGACUCCUGGGGUAGACCCGGCCAGAUCCAACAGCCUGAUGGCCUCAAUUGGUGGUGCCACAGAACCCUCCUCUCCGAACACAUCCUGCGACUACUCCGACUUGGACUGCUCUGAGGAGGAUGUGCUGUCAUCCUCCAGUGAGGCUGGAAAGCUUACUGAGGAUGAAGACACUUUGCGUGUGGACGUCCCAGUUCCUCAGGAGAUGCCGGAAACUCCUGAACUCAAGACGAUGCCGAUGCCUUGGAAAUCCACAGUCCUCAGACCUCAGAGUGUGAAGCUCAAGUCCCCCAGGCAGAUGAGCACCAAAAUCGAGGGAGGCUGGCCCCGUCCCCCCCUUAAUUACUGCAUCCUCAUCACCCUCGCCCUGUGCAACAGCACAAGUGGCAGUCUGACCGUGCAGCAGAUCUACCAGUUCAUGCGGCAGCACUUCCCAUUUUUUCAAACAGCCCCAGAGGGCUGGAAAAACACGAUCCGACACAACCUGUGCUUCAGCAGCUGCUUUGAGAAAACCACCGGCUUCAUGUGCGGCGAGGGAAACCGCAAGUCCUGCCUGUGGAAACUGACUCCAGAAGGACGCAGAAAGUUUCAGGAGGAAGCACAGGCCCUGCCCAAAGAGGCUCUCAACUUGGUGCGCCAAAGCAUGAGCAAACCGGAUCUCAUGAGAACUCUGUUUGGCCUAUGA